AGGUGAAUUGUUGUGCAACUGGAAGGGGUUUAAUAAUGCGUUCGGUGAGUUUAGGAGAUUUUUGAUUAUGUUUUAAACAUGCAAAAUGUCUGUGUUGCGCAGAGCUAAAACAUGGGAAGUAUCUGACUCUGAGGAAAGUGACACUGAAAGAAAACCUGAUGUAAACCUCGAGAGAGAAGAGAGAUGUCAAACAAUAACAGUGAGCACCGAGGAGGCUCCAGACAUCAAGUGCAACACCCUCCAAACUUCACCCAUAAAAACUGAGCCCCGUCAAACUGCUGCUUUGCCUCCUCCACGACAACAUGCAACCCCGAGUCCCGCAAGAAAACGCCGCAGCAAAGAGGAGGUGGAGGCGGACAGAGAGGCAGCCAGGGAGAAGAGGGAGACCAGGGAGAAGGUGAGGACAGCCAGGGCCCGGGAGAAGGUGGAGAAGGAGCAGGAGCAACAGAGGAGGAGAGAGGUAAACCUCGAGAGAGAAGAGAGAUGUCAAACGAUAACAGUGAGCACCGAGGAGGCUCCAGACAUCAAGUGCAACACCCUCCAAACUUCACCCAUAAAAACUGAGCCCCGUCAAACUGCUGCUUUGUCUCCUCCACGACAACAUGCAACCCCGAGUCCCGCAAGAAAACGCAGCAGCAAAGAGGAGGUGGAGGCGGACAGAGAGGCAGCCAGGGAGAAGAGGGAGGCCAGGGAGAAGGUGAGGACAGCCAGGGCCCGGGAGAAGGUGGAGAAGGAGCAGGAGCAACAGAGGAGGAGAGAGGUAAACCUCGAGAGAGAAGAGAGAUGUCAAACAAUAACAGUGAGCACCGAGGAGGCUCCAGACAUCAAGUGCAACACCCUCCAAACUUCACCCAUAAAAACUGAGACCCGUCAAACUGCUGCUUUGUCUCCUCCACGACAACAUGCAACCCCGAGUCCCGCAAGAAAACGCCGCAGCAAAGAGGAGGUGGAGGCGGACAGAGAGGCAGCCAGGGAGAAGAGGGAGGCCAGGGAGGAGGUGAGGACAGCCAGGGCCCGGGAGAACGUGGAGAAGAAGCAGGAGCAACAGAGGAGGAGAGAGGCGGCCGAGAACCUGAAGAGUCUCCGGCCCGAGAACUGCCUCAAGAGUCUGACUGUCCGCAUAGAUCCAGGUACACCGUGCUGCCUUCAGGUGCUGUGGUUACUUCUUCCAUCGGUAAUAUUGGGACUGAAUAACAACACACUUCUGCAAGAGGGUGGCUCUGACAUCUUGCUGGACGCCUUGGCUACUUUUGAUUGGAGGUUCAGCAUUGAGGGCCAGCAGCUCCCACACAGCAUCACCUGGACCAGAGAUCUACCUCAGGGAGAAGACAGCUUAGUGGAGGAGGAGCAAGUGGUUCUGGUGCUGGGUCUGACGGACUUCAUGGACAUGGUGGUCUCUGUGAAGAAAAUGCUAGACAGUGACGGGGAGCAGACAGGGGCGGGGUCUUUCCUUACUCCUAUUUUAGAGUGUCUCAACAGGGGCACCAAAAAGGUGGUUACCCUCUUAGUGACAGACCCUCAGCAGGAUUACAGAGCUGAUGCUUUCCCUUUGGAGACUCUACAAUCCAAACUGGGGAUGGAGAACGUGGACGUGGAGGAGGUUCUCGUGUACCUGCAGCUCUGCAAGAACAUCUCUCUGGUGUUCCUUGAUGGCUGGCAGGAGGUCACUGACCAUGUGUGUGCUGUCACCAAGGCCUUAUCAAAACGCCCUUUCAAACUGCUGACGGAGCAAGCUGAGCUGCCCUUCUGUGUGGACGGUUCCUGGGCCAGCGGGGUCCGGGUGGAGAGGGACGGCUCGGGGCUGAUCCAGGUGUGGAGCAGGCAGAUCCAGCAGCUGAACAGAGUCAGCCCGGCCGUGGCCUCCACUGUAAUAGCUGCCUACCCGUCUCCUCAGCUGCUGCUGCAGACGUACCAGAGCUUGGAUUCAGAGGCAGCCAGGAAGAGUCUGCUGGCUGUUCUCUUGGUGAAGAGUGGUGGUAAAGAGAGACGUAUCGGGCCGGAGAUAUCAGCCAGAGUUUACCGCUGCUUCACAGCCCAGAACCCCCAGCUGGUCCUGGACUGAUCCGACCACUUGAAAACUUCAGCGAGGAUUAAAUCCGGCUCUGAUUUCACUUUGUCACCACUUGGCUGCUAAUUUGUUAAUGUUGAUGUUUACAAUCUAAAAAUAUGCCUUAGAUAUCAUAUGCACCUUAUUAUUUUUACAUGUCAUGAGAUCUAAGCAAUAUUAUGUUUCGUAAAAUGUGGAAGAAAAUAAUGUGUAACAUUGUUCUGUUUACAUGAAAGAUGUACUAUCAGAGGGACAUACAUGACUAUGUGUUUUGUUUGUGUGAAAUGGCAGAUAAAAUGAGCUGCAA